AUAAUAAUCGCCAUAAUGACACAUUCAUUAGACCUUUAAAUGGUCACGACAUGGUAUGUUAUGUCUAGUUCAUAAUUAUGUAUAACUCUUAUAUUUUCUUCAGACUCCAAACUGGCUGCAUGCUCCUUUACAAAUGUUAUGGUGUGUCUCCGUAUAGGAAUAGGUAUUUGGAACAUUGCUCAACAUGGAAGUACUCUGGGAAUAAUUGCAGCGAGUUUCUUGAUUUUAAAAGCACUUUACGAGACAUGUUGCAUUUAUUGGCUAGUUAUUUGUCGCUUUGAAGGCGGCAGAAAUAGUCGGCAAUAUAUUUGUCUGGUAGUAAUGCUUGUCCUGCUUGGAAUCUUUUGUAUAUUAGAUAUUGUAUUAGCAUAUAUUGCGGAUGACAAUGUGAACCUACCUCUGCGUGUGUUGAGAAUAAUUACUAUUGUAGACAUUGUUUGGAACUUGGUGAUUAUACUGACGAUAUGGUUGCUGGCAAAAAGAUAUUCAGACACUAAAUAGUAUUUUAUUUUGGUUUGAAAAAGAAUGUGUUGCCUUCAAACCUCUGGAAGAUUAUCAUUUAAAAAUCGGUGUAGUUUGUAGUACAAUUAAUUCUGAAGACUGAAUAUCAAUUAAACAAAUUGAUUUCCAAUUUUCCUCUAGACACACAAACACAUUUUCAAAUCAACGAAAGGACAGACACAUAGGAGAAAGUGUUUUACACUUAAUAAUGUGUAUAUAUAAUUAUAUUCGGACAUUCAUACAAACAAGUGUGCUUACUUAAAUCAG